AGGCGCGCCAAAACCGUGCCCACUACACUAUAUAUACACUGAAAUUACCAAUUCCACAAUUAACACUCAAAAAAAUUCAAAUUCCACAAUGAAACCGCUCAUUCUCAUAAUCUUCACUCUAUUCUUUCUUCUUCAAUACGUUUCCUCAGUACAAAUCCUCUCUAAAUCAAAGCUUCAAAAAUGCGAAAAAGUUUCGGAUUCGAAGAGCCUAAAUUGCACCAACAAAAUCAUCAUCGACUUGGCUGUUCCCAGUGAAUCGAGUGGAAAUGAGGCUUCAUUGGUGGCAGAGAUAGUUGAAGUGGAAGAGAAUUCAAGCAGCAACAUGAGAACACUUCGAGUUCCUCCGGUGAUUACAAUUAACAAAUCCGCCGCGUAUGCUUUAUAUGAAUUGACAUAUAUACGAGAUGUUGCUUAUAAACCGCAAGAAUUCUAUGUAAACACACGCAAGUGUGAGCCAGAUGCUGGGGCAGAUGUUGUGCAGAUAUGUGAGAGGCUGAGGGAUGAGAAUGGACACAUUAUUGAGAACACUCAGCCUACCUGUUGUCCUUGUGGGGAUCAGCGAAGGGUUCCUUCGUCAUGUGGAAACUUUUUUGACAAGAUGACGAAAGGGAAGAAAAACACUGCUCACUGUCUUCGGUUUCCAGGUGACUGGUUCCAUGUAUAUGGCAUUGGGCAGCGCUCAGUUGGAUUUAGCAUCCGAAUUGAAGUUAAGAAACAAUCUCAGAAUUCGGAAGUGAUUGUCGGUCCGGACAAUAGAACUGCUAUAUCCAGUGAUAAUUUUCUGCGGGUGAAUCUGGUUGGAGACUACGUUGGAUACACUGAUAUACCGUCUUUUGAUGACCUCUACCUUGUCAUACCUAGACAGGGUGGCCCAGGUCAACCACCGAAUCUGGGGAGCAAUUUUUCCAUGUGGAUGCUACUUGAGAGAGUGAGGUUUACACUAGACGGUGUUGAGUGUAACAAAAUUGGUGUAGGUUAUGAUGCUUUCAAUGCACAGCCGGAUUUUUGCUCAGCACCAUUGUGGAGUUGCCUGCACAACCAGCUAUGGAAUUUUUGGGAUGCUGACCAGAAUAGAAUCAGUAGAAAUCAGGUGCCGCUAUAUUGUGUGCAAGGAAGGUUUGAAAGAAUCAGCCAGCAUCCAAAUGCAGGAAGCCAUGCAUUCUCUAUUGGAAUUACAGAAGUCUUGAACACAAAUCUAUUGAUAGAACUGAAUGCAGAUGACAUAGAGUAUGUGUAUCAAAGGAGCCCUGGGAAAAUUCUCAGUAUUACAAUCCCUACUUUUGAGGCUCUAACUCAAUUUGGAACAGCAACAAUUACGACAAAAAAUAUAGGUGAAGUGGAAGCAUCCUACAGCCUCACGUUCGAUUGCUCAGCCGGUGUCAGCCAAAUGGAGGAACAGUUUUAUAUAAUGAAGCCAAAUGAAGUCAUUACUCGAGCAUUCAAGUUGUACCCAGCAAGUGAUCAAGCUGCAAAAUAUGUCUGUUCAGCCAUACUGAAGGACUCAGAUUUUAAUGAAGUUGAUCGGGCAGAGUGUCAAUUUACAACCAAAGCUACUGUUCUUGAUAAUGGAUCACAGAUUCCGUUUCAACCUCCUAGGACAAGCAUCAAUGGUUUCUUUGAGAGCAUUGAGGAUCUUUGGAAAAGAAUUUGGGAGAAUUUGACAGAUUUUCUAACUGGGAAAAGCUGCAGAAUGAAGUGCUAUGGAUUCUUCGACUUCAGCUGCCAUAUACAGUACAUCUGCAUCAGUUGGGUAGUGAUGUUUUGUCUGUUCUUGGCAAUUCUUCCAACAGUGAUUGUACUACUCUGGCUUCUUCACCAGAAAGGUCUUUUUGAUCCUCUGUAUGACUGGUGGGAGGAUCAUUUUUCAAUUACCGAAGAUAAACAUAUGAAUCAUUGGAAGCACAGUUACGAUGCUGACCCGUUAGGAAUUCAUCAUAAGAGAAGUCAUAAGCAUGAGCCAAGGCAUCAUAAGCAUGAGCCAAGGCAUCAUAAGCAUCACGCACAUAGAAGGCACACAAGGUUUCACAAUGACCCAAGGCGCGAGAAUCUUUUGGGAGAAACUGAUUAUCAUUACUACCUUCAUCAUGUGCACAAGGAUAAGCAUAAACAUGGAAAAAUCAAGAGCUCAGGCAUUGCAAAGCCACUUCAUCCAAGGAAGGGGGACGACAACCACAUGAGACAUCACAGACGAAUAAACGAGAAAACUUUGGGAGGACUUAUCAUAAACAAGAAGCGAGGUGCUGAAAAUCAAGAGGAAUAUCUAAGUCACAAACAUUCUAUCUUAAAUGACACACAUCAUAAGAGGCAAAGCAAGUGGAAAGAAUGACUAAAGCUGGGUGACAGUAAUUGUCAGAGCCUUGCAGCUAUCUCAUGUACAGAAGCUGUUAAAUUUGUGUUUUCUUCUUUAUAAUGUGCUUUUGACCUCUCUUAACUUACAAACUAAAUAUUCUAGGGAUAUUUUGCGGGGCAGAACAGGGUUUUGAAUUAUGGGGGAGCAUGAAAUAGUGAUAUUUGUAAAUUAAAUUGCUCUCUGAUUCUAGUAGGACUUCUUCAUUCAAAACUGUACCAUGUAUUGAAUUUAUACACACUUUUGCUCUUUUCUUCUUCAAUCACAACUACACUUUGUGUUAAGAUCGUAAAAAAGAAAAGAAAAGAAAAAAUAUAUGUAUAGGCAUCGAUAUCAGUAAUUUUUUUGCAAAAUUUUCAGACUAAUGAUUUGCUGAGUUCUUUCUUUCUUUGUCCCAGCACUCUAUCAGCGACAUAAUAUUUUGCUGCUUUGAGGAUAUGCUGGUGAGUUUGGAUUCCUGGUAU